GCGUGAGUCAGCGCGACGUGACCCGCGAGUGACCCCUCUCCUCCAGCUAUACAAAGACUGCGGUGCUCGCUGUGCUUGGCUCACUCGCAGAGAAACCGUCAAGCCGAGCCGACACUCUCCUUUGCCCCUCAACAUUUCUCUCAGUCUCAAGGGACGGACCAGAAUGAAGGUCAUUAUUGCGCUGGUGGUGAGCGUGCUGGGCUUGGUGCACGGCCACACAUACCACCUGGGAGUCACCUGCCCCAACGUCGAGCCGAUGCCCAACUUCAACCUUGAAAAGUUCUUGGGUCUGUGGUACGUGAUCCAAAAAUCUUCGACCGCGAGCAACUGCCUGGUGAACAACUACACGCGCACGGCCGACGGCGACAUUCGUUUAGAGCAAAACAGCGAACACUUCCUGCUCGGGCUGGGCGACGUGGACCACGUCUACCGCUACACCGGAGUCCUCAAGCAGCCCGACCGCUACAACCCUGCUGCAAUGAGAGUCAAAUUCCCUCUUAGUGUUGCUGGAGACGCUUCGUACAUUGUGUUCGACACGGACUACGACAGCUACGCCGCUGUCUUCACCUGCCAGAAGCUGGCGAUUGCACACAGGCGUUCGGCCACGAUUCUGUCCCGCAAACCAACUAUGAACCAAGCCCAAGUGCUCAAGCUGCGUAACAAACUGAACGACGUGGGCGUCGACCCACACGAUUUGAGCAUCAUCAAACAGGACGAGUGCCGCAAAAUUUCGACCGACGACAGCGGGCUGAACAUCAACAUCGACGAGAAGACGUUCACGGCGCAGUCGGCCGCCGAGGUGGUGCGCAAGGCGGGCGAGAAGAUCGGAGACGGCAUCGAGACCGUCGCGUCCGGCGUGUCCAAGGUGUACAACACGGUCAGGGGAGACAAGGACAAGGAGAGCAACGACAAGGCUGAUUUGAUCGAGAGGGACGCCGAGUGGCUGCCUUAGUUAGUCACUUCCAUCCGAAUGCAAAAAUGAUCUUACUUUAGCUCACAAGCUCUUUCAGGAAGUAAUUAUAAAUGUUAAUACGCAACGCAAAAUAAAGAUAAUUUUGUAAAAAAAA